CUGAGAGGGCUGGGCCCGCGUCGCCGUGGGGAGUGGCUGGUGGACGCCGGCGCCAUGGAGCGCUAUGCCGGCGCCUUGGAGGAGUCGGUGGACGGAACCCGGCAGCAGGAGCGGCACUACCAACUGCUGUCAGCACUGCAGAGCCUGGUGAAGGAGCUGCCCAGUUCCUUCCAGCAGCGAUUGUCCUACACCACGCUCAGCGACCUGGCCCUGGCCCUCCUCGACGGCACCGUGUUCGAGAUCGUGCAGGGGCUGCUGGAGAUCCAGCACCUCACGGAGAAGAGCCUGUACAACCAGCGCCUGCGGCUGCAGAACGAGCACCGAGUGCUUAGGCAGGCAAUGCGACAGAAACAUCUGGAAGCCCAACAGUCCUGCAGGCCCCACAACCUGCCUGUGCUCCAGGCAGCUCAGCAGCGAGAACUGGAGGCAGUGGAGCAUCGCAUCCGAGAGGAGCAGCAGGCCAUGGACCGGAAGAUUGUUCUGGAGCUGGACCGGAAAGUAGCUGAUCAACAGAGCACAUUGGAGAAGGCAGGAGUAGCUGGCUUCUACGUGACCACCAACCCUCAGGAGCUGAUGCUGCAGAUGAACCUGUUGGAACUCAUCAGGAAGCUGCAGCAGAGAGGCUGUCAGACGGGAAAGGCAGUCCUGUGACCAGGUAGAGUCCCUGCUGGCCACCAUUACUUGUGUGGCUAGGAAUACAGCCUUGUCCACUGUUACCAGGAAACCAGGCAGAGCUGGUCUUCCUGAGUUUCAGUCACUGACUUCUCAGCACCCGGCAGCGGCACCUGUCUGAAGCGAGGCCAGGUGGCCUCUGGUUAGGACAUUUGCCCACCUUUGAGAUUUGUUUGUUUUGUUUUGGUUAAGCACUAGGAUUACAUCCGAAAGAAAAGGGGGCCCAGCCUGGAAGCUGACUGAGUGCUCAAGGGCCAGGUGGCAAGCUGGACUGUUGGCUAGCACCUUGUACUCUGGGUAUCUCCCCUAAGCCCCUAAGUCUUGAGCUUCUUCUGGUCUUGGCCCGUCUUGAGAAUUACAGCCUCCAAGUGGGAGAGGCUGCUUCCCUGAGAAAUAAAGAUAGCUAUGUGUA